AUGGGGAAAUUGUAUGCUAAGCUCAAUAAAAGUGAGUAUUGGCUCCCAAGUGUGGCAUUCCUCGGGCACAUUAUUUCCAAAGAAGGGGUUGCAGUUGAUCCUUGUAAGAUUGAGGCAGCACUUAAGUGGGAAAGGCCAGCAAAUGUAUCAGAAUUUCUUAGUUUCUUAGGACUGGUAGGGUAUUAUAGGUGUUUUGUUGAAGGUUUCUCGAAGAUAGCACUUCCCCUAACUGGCCUAACCCAAAAGGAACUCAAGUUUGUGUGGUCUGAUAGCUGCGAGAGAAGUUUCCAGGAGCUGAAAAAAGAGAUUAACUACUGCCCCGAUACUGACCUUGCCUGA